GCGAGGGAAGCAGAUAGGAAUCCUACGGUAGAUACGCUGCCCGGGCGCUGUACAGUUUGUAAGCCAAAAUGGUGCAGAAAUACCAGUCUCCAGUCAGAAUACACAAGUACCCCUUUGAAAUGGUGAUGGCGGCGUAUGAGAGGCGCUUUCCCACCUGUCCCCUGAUCCCCGUCUUCCUGGGCAGCGUGAUUCUCAGCGAGGACGUCAGCGCGGACGGCUCCUUGCGAACAGUCCAGCGCAGAUGCCAGCUACACGUGGAGGCCCCACGCCUCCUUAAGAAGAUGGCAGGUGUGGAGCACAUCUACUUCAUUCAGACGAACACGUACAACUGGAAGGACAGGACUCUGUUCAUCGAGGCCCACAACGAGACCUUUGAGAGCCGAGUGACUGUCACAGAGACCUGCUGUUAUAGCGUCCACACUGAGAAUGAGGAUUGGACCUGUUUUGAGCAGUCCGCCUCCCUGGACAUCAAGUCUUUCUUUGGAUUCGAGAGCACUGUGGAGAAGAUCGCUUUGAAACAGUACACUGCGAACAUCAAGCGGGGUAAGGAGGUGAUUGAGCACUACGUGAACGAGCUGAUCGCGGAGGGAAUUUGUGAAAUCCCACGCUGGGUCCCUCCGGAGCGGGCCGGCCGGACCGAGCCCUCCACCCUGCUCUGCGCCCUCUCUCCUCAGCCCUCACCGGACACGGGGUCAGACCUGGACCCCCCCUCAGAUAGCCCUGUGGAGGGGGCUGCAGCUGACGCAGACAAGUUAGAUGCUGACUACAUUGAGCGUUACCUUGGGAACCUGACACUGAUGCAGGAGAGCUGUCUCAUUCAGCUCAGACAGUGGCUGCAGGAGACACAUAAAGGAAAGAUCCCCAAAGACGAGCACAUCCUCCGCUUCCUGCGGGCGCGGGACUUCAGCCUGGACAAGGCGCGGGACAUGCUGUGCCAGUCGCUCAGCUGGAGGAAGGAGCACCAGAUAGACUACAUCCUGGGCGCUUGGGCGCUCCCUGCCUGCCUGGAGGAGUACUACGCCGGCGGGUGGCACUUCCACGACAGCAGCGGGCGGCCGCUGUACGUCCUGCGGCUGGGACAGAUGGACACCAAGGGCCUGGUGAAGGCCCUGGGGGAGGAAGCCCUGCUCAGGCACGUGCUGUCAAUCAAUGAGGAAGGACAGAAAAGAUGCGAGGAGAACACUAAAAUAUUUGGCAGACCAAUCACGUGCUGGACAUGUCUGCUGGACCUGGAGAAUCUGAGCACCAGACACCUGUGGAGGCCGGGGGUGAAGGCACUGCUGAGGAUCAUCGAGGUGGUGGAGGCCAACUACCCCGAGACACUAGGGCGGCUCCUGAUUGUACGCGCACCCCGUGUGUUCCCCGUGCUCUGGACCCUGAUAAGCCCAUUCAUAAACGAGAACACACGACAGAAGUUCCUGGUCUGCAGUGGAAACAGUUAUCAGGGCGUGGGAGGGCUGGAAGACUACAUCAGUAAAGAGGUCAUCCCAGACUUCCUUGGCGGGGAUUGUCUUUGCUCUGUACCAGAAGGAGGCCCGGUUCCUAAAUCCCUGUAUCAGACCCAGGAAGAGCUGCAGAACUCAGGACCCGUCAGUCUGCUGGCAGAGACCAUCUACCAGUUGGCUUACAUCGUCCAGGGGGAACCGCAUGAGUUCUUCAUAGAGAUCCCAGAGAGUUCCUCUGUUAUCACCUGGGAUUUCGAUGUCUUGAAGGGGGAUGUCUUGUUCAACAUCUUCCGCUCCAAACGGCUGCCCCUGGCAGUGGAUAAGAGCACGCCGGCCUUGGCCCCGAAUGUGCGCAGUGUCCAGCUGACAGAGAAGAGCGGGGCGUCUGGUGUGGACUAUGGCAGGGUGGAGACUCCCCUCAUGUGUCGGGAGGGGGAGAGCAUCCAGGGCUCCCAUAUCACCCGCUGGCCUGGCCGCUAUAUCCUGCAGUGGAGGGCAGCCAACCACCUCUCUGGCUCCACCCUGCCUACUGUAGAAGACGUGCUAGCCACCCUGCAGGGCUCCACCCACAAGUGCAAAAUCAUGUACUACACCGAGGUGCUGGCCUCCCACGACUUCAGGGGGUCCAUGACCAGUUUGGAGUCGUGCCAGAGCGGGUUCUCCCAGCUGAGCGCUGCCACCACAUCCUCCAGCCAAUCACAAUCCAGCUCACUCAUCUCCAGAUAGGCCCUCAGGAGAAUGAGCAGGAUGCUCAAAAAUAAUCUGCAUGGAAAAGCGGUCAGAAGGAACCUUUCCUGCAGCCUCAUUACAAAAGCCAAUGUUUGAAGUCUGCAACACAACACUGAGAAGCCAGAGUCGUUUCCGGAACAAAGUGCUGUGGACUGAAGAAACCAAAACGUAACUCUUUGGCCACAACCACCAAAGAUACAUCUGGAGAAAAAUUGGAAGCAUUUGAAGAAAAGAACAUGUUGCCUACUGUUAAUCAUGGUGGUGGAUCUAUUCAAAGCAACUGUACGUUAAAAUGUCCAUAAGCAUGUCACGUUUUUGCUUGCUCCCUGCAGAGGUUGCAUUAACUUCUUUUCCAUUUAGAAAAUCAGGGGUGUUCACCGUACAUGCAUAUGCAUAAACACAAAUACCAAUGAGUACACUAAGGGCAGGAAGCAGUGGCACUUUACACAACAGUUCAGGUAUUGCAAACUUUAAAUUAAGCUGUGUUUUUAAACAAUAAUGUGUGGAACAGCACUAUGUGAGAUUCUGUUUUUAACAUAGUUUUGGAGCUUUUCAUAUUAUUCUAGAGCUUUCGAUUUGUGUUCCAUACUGAUCCGAGUAAAAUAAUUGCAAUUUUGGGAGAAGUAUGCAUAUUUUAGGGAAGUGCUAUUUUUCCAGGCUGUUUGUAAAAUGAUUUCCCACGUGACUUGAUGUCCAUUUUUUCAUAGAUAUCAGAUGACAUUGCUAAAUGUUAACACAGAGCGCUGACCACAGGAGGCAGAGGAGCAAGAGGAAUCGGGGUCUGGGGCAGGGUUAGACUCAAAGAGCCUACUGCUGUUUGCGUGUGGGCCUUUAAACAACGAUGUCAAGAGUAGUACAGUGUUACCAAGCUGCCUUUAUUUAGCACAGCGGUGAACAGAAAGAUAACUCAAUGACUCAUUCAGAGGCUUGAAACUUAACCCAGCCAACCCAAAGAGCAACUCACCAUUCAGAGAAGCAGCAGUGAUACUGCAGUGAUCAUCAGGACAAACUGUGCAGAAAAACUCUGGAGCUCGUUCCAAAAAACAGGAUUACUGAGAUACCAGACAAUUGCACCAAAAAAAAAAAAAAAAACCUCUCUGAAAUCUGCAAGAACGGACUGAAUUAAAAAGCGCUGUUCCGGGUUUUACCUUGUGCAGUUAUCCGGGUAACCCUGUAAUCGUGCUUUGUGGAACAGGCCCCCCAGACGGCACUGCAGGACUGUUCUCUGAAAUUCGAAAGCCAUAUGAGCUUGAGCAGUGUACUGCAGUGUUCAGCAUAGCAGUGCACUGCUCUUCCCAGUUCAUACUCCUUUUUUGUUGCUUAAACUGAAGGGCAUCUAAUUUGGUGCUUUAGAUUUGUCAUAGACUUAUCUGUGACCUUGGGCUCUGGAAAAUAGCUUAAUAGUAAUAACAACAACAACAACAACAACAAGUAUUCAUAUGAUUAUUGUCGUCUUAUAAAAUGAGGAUGCCUUGAAUUUAGAAUGGCCACAGUAUUGUUAUAUUGGCAUCAACAUUUCAGCAUACAAAUUGAAUUAAAAGCUUAAUAUUCUGUUUCAACCUUCAUUACCAUAAAAUGUAAAAGGGCUAAGAUAUUUCUAAUGUAUUGAAUGGGUGAAGAAACAUAGUUGUAAACUAAUGUUUGGGUGAAGUUCAUUUUAACUAACAGUGGUCUGUUUUGACAUGAUACAUAACAAGUAAAAUAAUAGCCAUGUGCUACUUAAUGUCUCUAAUAGCCUUUCUUUUGAGACUGUGUGACCAGUUUUCUAUUUAACCAUCUAAGGACGGUUUCUGAUUCUUAAAGAAAUCAAUAAAUCAAUCCCUUGGUAUGUGUUCAAUUUAUUCACCAAAACCUUUUUUUCUUCAAACUCAAACACUUACUGUAUAAAUUGAAGACAUUUAUUUAACUUCACUUUAAAUUACUGAACUGAUAUUUAGUUGCAUAACCAUUGUUUUUUAUAACUGCUGUGCAUCUGCGUUGCAUGGAGUCAACCAACUUCUGGCACCUAGCAACAGGUAUUUCAGCCCAGGAUGAACAAACUACAUUCCACAGUUCUUGUGGAGUUUUGGGUUUUGCUUCAGAAACUACAUUUUUAAUGUCACCCCACAAAUUUUCAAUGGGUUUGAGGUCAGGGGAUUGAGCUGGCCAUUACCUCAAUCCUUUUUGUCUGGAGCCAAGGUGUUGCUUGCUUACUCAUGUGUUUGGGGUCGUUGUCUUGUUGAAACACCCAUUUCAGGGGCAUUUCCUCUUAGGCAUACAGCAACAUAAUCUCUUCAAGUAUUCUGAUGUAUUCAAACUGAUCCAUGAUCCCUGGUAUAUGAUAAAUAGGCCCAACACCAUAGUAUGAAAAACAUCCCCAUACCAUGAUUUUGCGCCUCCAUGCUUCACUGUCUUCACAGUGUACUGUGGCUUGAAUUCAGUACCCAGGGGUUGUCUGACGUACUGUCGACGACCACUAGACCCGAAAAGAAAAAUUUUACUCUCAUCAGUCCACAGAAUGUUACGCCAUUUCUCUUUGGGCCAAUCGAUGCGUUCCUUGGCAUAUUUUAACCGAUUCUGCACAUGCCAUUUUUUCAACAAUGGUGCUUUACAGGGGCUUCCAGCUGAUAGCUUAGCUUCGAUCAAAUGUCUUCUGACUGUAACAGCACUUACAUGUAAUUGUAGAUCAUCUUUGAUCAUUUUUUCUGGAGCUGAUGAAUGGCUGAAUCUUUGCCAUUCUGAUUAUUCUUUGAUCCAUUUUAACAGUAGUUGGUCGUUUUCUUCUGCGUGUUUCGGGUUUUUGUUGUCAUUUUAAAGCAUUUGAAAUCAUUUUAGCUGAGCAUCCUAUAAUUUGCUGCACCUCUUAAUACGUUUUCCCCUCUCCAAUCAACUUUUUAAUCAAAUGACGUUCCUCCGAACAACGUUUGGAACGGACCAUUUUUCUUAGCAAUUAAGAAGGAAAUAUAUUUCAUAACAAUGUGAUUGCUUCCCUUCUUCCUUAAUAAAGGACAAUUAAUGACACCUGUUUUUUCACAGAAUGAAUAAAUUCUCUAAUUAAA